AUGUGUCAGCCAUCGGAUGCAGACUCGCAGCAGAUCCCGCCCAUUGAGAUCGGCUCAUUUAUUGCCCUACGGCCUGAUAAGAGCGAGUUCAUCGGCAGUGCCAGCGGUGUCUUCUUUGCGAAUACCGUCUUUCGGGCCUUUGCAACUGCAACGACAACCUCUGGCGGGACUGGCUCGAAGCGUCCCCAGGGAGAUGUAGAUGGCCUGGGGGCUCAAGCGACGCCGGACCCCGGCUCCGCCCAUGAGUAUGUCAUGGCAGAGGAGAAGGCCCAGGAGGAAGCCGCUGGAGACGAUACUCUGGGAGUGGGUGCCGUGGGUGCUGAUGAUGCCAGCAAGAGCCCGGGCCUGCGAUCAUAUGGCAUCGCGGCACCUGGACUGGGGAUCCCUCCUCCUCCAGCCGUUGCGAAGCGGCUCCUGGUGGAAUACUUCAGAAGAUGGCAUCCCUUCCUCCCCUUCCUCCAUGGCCCUACGUUCUUUGAAAAGGUGAAUCGCUUCUACGAGCUGGAAGGGGGUUCGCCUGGGGAGCCGAUGAGCCAGCGGAACAAAGUGUACCAGGCCAUCAUCUUCCAAUGCGUCUUUAACAUUGCAGACUCAAACCACAACCAGAAGCAAGAGCGGGAGCUGCCCGAAGAAUCACGCAUCAAGUCUGCCGUUGCCCUAACGAGCCUGCUGGGCAUACUCUCCAGCGGCCAUGACAUUCCCUCCCUACAAGCUCUCCUGGCCGUGGAGCUGUAUCUGAUGACGCAGAUGUCUCUGAGGGCCGCCUCGACUGUUCACGGAGCGAUGACGCGCAUCUUAUACCACUGCGGGCUACACAGAUGCCCCUUCCGAUACGUUCAGCUGCCGCGCGAUAUAUGCGACAUGAGGAAGAGAAUCUUUUGGUCUGCGUAUGUAAUUGACCGCCACCUGAGUCAGGUCCUGGGACAUCCCCUGGCGCUCAACGACGAAGAGAUUGACGUCUGUCUCCCCGGAGCACCAGAGGUUCACAACCCUGCAAAGCCAUUUUCGCCAGAGAUCCAAAGCGCAACCGCAGCCAAGCCAUUUCAGCAUAAUUCUCAGGCACGCGCCUCGGUAGCGGAGGAUGACGUCCAGAACUAUGCACCAGUAGACCACCCGACUUUUGGGUCCGUUUCCUCUACUGGAGACCUUACCGACGGCAGCACCAUCGGAACCCACGAAGACAGUCUCAACACAGACCAACUUGUAUAUCGACCACAGAGCCUGGGCGAAUCUAUCCUUGGCUUCCUGGUGACGUAUUCACGGCUGCUUGGGCAGGCUCUCGACCUCUUCCACAAGUCCAUCCACAGCCGGUCCAUCACUUGGGACAAGGUGCUUGAGAUGACGUCGAGGAUUCAUGCCUGGUGGAAUACGCUUCCACCAUCGUUCCAGGGAGAGGGACUUACGUCGAUCUUUGUAGAGCCACAAUCCCAUCAUGGACCUCCCUUUGCGAUAUUAUACCAUCAGCUCAUCCUCAUCAUGAACAGGCCUUUCCUUUCUCUCCCGACGAAUCGAACGGAUUUUCAAUUUAGUUUGCAGACCGCGGUGAAUGCCAGUCGAGCCAUUGUCAAGAAGCUUAAACUACGCCAAGGGGAUUCACCUUUGGUGGCCUGGCCGGGGAUGUUGUCGGCUGCGUGGAUGGCAGGGCUUGUCAUUUCCUACGCCGGAUUGCUAAAGCUCUACCCAAUGGAGAAGACUAUCUUGGAUCUCAACUGUGCCAUAAAGCUCCUUGGCAUGAUGAGUCGAAAUUGGACCAGCGCCCACCACUGCCGUGUGACGUUAAAGAUGCUGCUGGACAGAUUAACAUCGAAGCCGUUCAUGGAAAAAAUCAACCCAGCGCUAUCGGCAGACCCGUCGUUCGCCGUACUGACGGACUGGAGCCAGCCUGUCUUUUCAACAUACCAGAACCUUCUCGAGGGAAGCCGCAACAAGCGGCGACGAGUUGACCAGAACAACACUAAAAACAACAAUAACAACAACAACGUCAACAACAUCAACAAUAACUUUAUGGGUUCCAUGAACGGCUAUCCUGCGAACCACUUUGUUGGACCUGACACGGAAUUCAUGGGCGGCGACAACCUCUGGGACUACCCGAGCUUCCAGCCUGUUUUGGAGUACACGGGACCAGAUUUCGGAUUCGACGCAGAUCAAUUCUCCCAGCAAGGGGAGUGGGAGCGAUUCUUGAGCGAGAACAUGAACCCGGAAUCGUCAGGGCUAUUGUUCAACAAUGCCGGAUGGGACACAUAUUUUCAGAACAUGGGAGACAGAUUGAAUGUGUAA